UAAUUUUUUUUUUAGCAUUUUAAACGUUUUCCAUACUCAAAAACUUCUACAAUUUUCCCAACUCAAUAUUUUUGGGAACAAUUUUGAUUAGGUUGGACUUCAGCGUAAAUAUGAGUAUGUAAAACUCAGUUAUUGGCUUAGAUGGAAGAUAAAUGCCAGAACUCGCCCAUUUAUCCUGCAACGGAAGAAGAAGGCACAAGGCACUGACUGUUAAGCGGGACGGUCCAUUUUGGAAGAGCGUGCAUGCGCAGCCGAACUUGUGGAUAAAGCUUUUCAAAAACUUGUAAGUAACUAUUUUGACUAUUUUAAGUUAAUGUGUAGUCAAAAUGUCACAUCUAAACGAUUUAUAUGAUUGUUUUUAACUGCUCAGGCUGCUCUUAGCUAGCAAUGUGUACUAAUUGUCGGCCUGUUAGUUCACCAUGUGGUCCGCUUUGUUACUAUCAAACAUCACUUUUGUGUUUAUUUCAGAAACCAUCAUUUUCGGUAGGCUGUCACUCUUAUAUAGUUAAUUAAUGUACUGUUUUGUGGGCACUUCUUAAUGUUUAUGAAUUCUUACAGAGCAGAUAUAUAGCUUUAAUUGUGCUUGCCUGCCUCACAGAGCUGCUUGCAAGUGCAUUUUGAACUGCUAGUUAUCAUAACUAGCCGAAAUUUGAACCGACAAAUGGCGCAUCGGCCAUCAGCUUGUGAAAACCGCGGGGGGAUUUUUUACGUUUUGGUCCGCUUAUCUCCAUUUUAUUUAUUGCUGGGGCUGUAUUUUCAAAUUAUAUGCUGCUCUUCCUGUUUCUCGUCUAUGCCGUUAAUUUUCUGUCCUUCACACCCGCUCGUGUGUGAGUGAGAAACGGAGAAAAAAAAUGGAGAGACGAGAGGCGAUUGAUCUGCUGGUGUGGUGUCGAAAAUAUGGAGAAACUCUUGUUUGAAACUCGGUACGCCGCCUCUGUAACGUCUGCGUCUGCCACACUCGAUGGAUUACGCCACCGUCACGUUUGCUCUUUGUAGGUCGACUCGUCUGACUUUUCUUUUUUGUUUUAACUACAAUAAAUGUCUGUUUUUAGUUAUCACUCCCAUAAGAUUGCUUCUGACUGCAAAAAAGUGUUUAAACACCGCGUGGGCCAUUUAAUGGCAGAUAAAAUCCUUAAGUAAAGAUGGAAUGAAAAUAAAUAGCAAAAUUAAAAUAUCAAUCAAUUUAUGGCACAACUACAGUGCACAACACCUGAUUCUGAUGAAUUAUAAACAAGAAAAUGUUAAUAGACAUCUUCAUUUAAAAUUCACGAGGUAAUUCACAACAAGUGUUGUUUUUUAUUCACGUGUCACUGUUUUGCUUGCCUAUAUUAAAAUAAUUCAGUGUAAUUAAAUCAUAUUAAGGGGUUUAUGCCAUCAGUUUGGCCAAUAUAUAACAUUUAAACCAUAAUACUCUUUUUUUUCUUUUCUUUUUUAACAAACUCUGAAGGUGAUGUACUUAAAGAUAUAAGUGACUCAGUUCUGAGCGACAGGCGUGCUUGACCAUGAGUUACAGAGACAACAUGCUUAUCGUGGGCAUGUGAAAAAAAGUUUUAAUGCUACAUAUUGGCCAAACUGAAGCAAUAAACCCCUAAAAUGACUGAAUUACACUGAAUUAUUUUAACUGAGGCAAUUAAAACAGUGAAAUGUGAAUUUAAACACGUUAACACUUGUUAAACUUGGUGAAUUACCUCACAAAUUUUAAAUUAGGAUGACUUUCUUGUUGAUGCCAUCAGAAUUAAGUAUAGUGCACUGUAGUUGAGCCACGGAGUGAUUUAUAAUACAUUUAGGCAACUUUUCAUGCAAUCUUUAAAGAUUCUAUCUGCCUUAAAAUGAUUUCCAUGGUGUUUAAUUAUUUUUUGCUCUUUUAAGCAGGUUUAUGGAGAGUGGCAACUACUAAAAAUUAACAUUUAAUGUUAUUUUGUGGGAAAGCACAUGCUUUUCUCUUUUUCAGCAGUUGGCAGCAGAUGGCAAACUUUCUCCUUAACUCAUUCACUGCCAUUGACGAAUAAAGUCGUUAUUUUAGAUCCAACCGUUAACUGCCAAUGACAUGUUUUUACUGUUUGGGCAUCGGAACGAGCCCACACGCUGAGAGAACAAACAUCUGAGCUCUACGUCACACUUUACAUGAUCAGGAAGCAGAACGUCCAUGUGUUAGGAGAUUGUUUUGGGCCGUUCCUGGAAAAAAACUGAGGCGCGAACCGGAAAAGCGUCUGCAGAUCACAGUUCGGCAAUGGAUUAUGAAAGAACGGAUAACACUCGAAACACGCGGAUUCUUCCGAUGUAAGAGGUGAGUCUCCUUUUUGUUUUGGUUGUUUUGGCGUCGACAUCAUCCUAGAGCGCAACGUUCUGUGACUCAUAAAAAAACAGUAAAAACGGUGAGAAAGGCUGGCAGUGAAGGGCUUUACCGAUCAGGUAAUGGCUGGCAGCGAAUGAGUCAAUAUCAUUCAACAAUUAAUACAUUUUUUCUUUAUUUUUUCUUUAGAAGAACAUCAGAUCUGCGUAAUUGAGGCAAUUCCACAAAAAGUUGUCUUCUUUGAAGAUCACAUUAGGUAAGUUAAGGUCAAAUAUUUUAGUUUCACUAAAUAUAUAAGUCAGUUAACAUUCUGUUCUUUCUUUCAGUAACAGCUAGGGUUAUUUUGAAGUGAAGGUGUAUGACAUUUGUAAAGUUUUAAGUAUCAGGCGUGACAUUAAAAGCAAACGCUUUGAUGCUCCACCUGAGAAUAAAUCUGUAAGGCUUGUCACCAGCAUUCAGACAUCAAUUCUGCUUGCUUCACAGCCAGACAGGACACGGUAAAAAAAAAAAAGCGCUUCCUUGGCUAAAAGCUGUUUUCUCAUAUUUAUAUACGCUCCAAUAAAUGCAUUAAAUGUAAGGCUGCUUGAUUAAGUGAAAUCUAAUCUCUAUUACAAUUUGGAUUUGAAAUAAACAAAACGCAGGCCGUUCGCCUCCUUGUGUCUCACGUCAGAGCGGUGGGGGAGGGGCGGAUAUUUCGUGGCCGUGGCAGUGGAGUUUUAGGCAUGGUGCAGCGCCAUGCCUGAGCCUAUGUAGGGGAAACACUAGGAAAGUGAGUGAUGUGCGCAUGUACAGCAUGAUCACGUUACAUCGACUGAUCAAUCAUAAACUUUCCUUGGUGGAGCUAACUCACGCACCAGACCAUCUGUUUUACAAGCAAAAUAAUUUCAAGAUGGAGUGAGCCAUAUUUAAUGUGGAUUUGUGUUUGAUCAGGGCUGCAAACUCCCAUGCAAUGAAUGUGAGACAUGUGUUUGACUAUUUUCAUGUCCCCUCCCACCAUACCUCCAAAUUAUCUUGCUGGAUAAAAUAAGUUACUCUAUCUGAGCUAAAUUAAAGCUUCUUUCCGGAGUAUUUCUCUUAUCUGAUGGCACCAUCUAGUGGCUGGCAAGCAUAUCACACUGAAAAUGUGUUGCUUUGUUUGUUAAAGAUCACUACUUCGCGUAUCUGUUUGUUUAUGUGCUUCUGUAGCCAAAAACACACACACAUAUAUUUGAAUGUCUGUUUGAAUGACUUUCAUUACUACAGGCUGAGAUAGGAAACAAGGAUUUACCUCCAAGUUUUAAACAUUUAAUUAUGUUUAAAUUUAAUAACUUCUCAAAUUCUGUGACUUUUCUGACUUGUUUGCCCAAGAAAAAUAAAGUUAAAGAGAUUGAGUCAUAAAGGGCAACAAUCAGCCCCAAAUUAUUUGGUAAAAAAAACAACGCAAAUAGAUAAAUAAACGAAUUGUAAAUGUUACCGGUGUGACUGUAGUGUUUUCACAUCUGUUUUCUCUCCGGUUUGUUCCAGUUUACCACCUACUCGGAAAUUUUAACUUCAGAAUACAAAUAGUAGAUGUGACAAAAACAUGUUUAUUUUACAAGAUAAACUUUAAGGGUGCAUCUAAAAUCAACGUUAAGUACAAUUAUUUUCCGAGGUACAUGGAACGCACCAUGACGUCCAUCCUCCACACAGCAUAGACAUAAGUGUAGACGCCGCACCAACCACUGCUGCAUAUGUUUGGCAGAAUUUGCGGGUUCUAAUUUUUAUAAAUUCUAUGUAACAGGAUGUUUUAGCUAGUCUUUAGCUCCGGAGAUACUCCGUGGAGAUCUGGAGCUAGAACGGCAAAAGAACGUGUUAAUAAACCCGUUCACGCACUCCAGAACGAACACACUCACUUUUACGUUCGUCAGGCAAAACACAAACGAGUUCAGCUUUCAUUCAUGAAAAAGACGAACAAAUUCACAAACCGUCGUUCAAUGAAAGCGUUUGGGCACAACACUGAUGAGUAGUAUUAGUAUAUGUGUGUUAUCAACUUUCAAAAUAUUGUAAAAUAAUCUAGAUCUCAAUUUCAGUCAUAAUAAUCGUGAUAACAGUUUUUAGCAUAAUCAAGCAGCUAUAACUAUAUGUAUUUAUUGUGGGCAAGUAACAACUUAAAAGUACCUUUAUAAAGCACUACUUCAAAUAAACCAAACUACUGUUCCCAAAAAAGACUUUUAUGAGUUUAAAAAAAACCUAAAUACCUAUGCUAUCUCUCUGUGUAUAUGUAGCUUUAUUAACUUGCACAACGAUAAGCGAUGCUUUUCUUUUUAUUACAGAUGGGAUGGCCCUGUAAAUUGUGCACCAAGGUUUUACCAGUAAAGACUGAUAUUUUAAAGCAUUAUAGACUGCAUCAUGGAACCUAUGGACACAGUUGUGCCUUGCCCUGUAUUCAUGUAGAAUGCCCAUGCUCUUUUAAAAACUGGAGUUCCCUUCGUUCUCACUUAUCAAGAUCCCAUCAAGCAGUUCAUUCCCUCAAGUCACAAGUAGAUGUUUCUUACACCUGCAUAUUAUGUCAAAAACAAGGAUUCCCAAGUGAAAAAGACUUUUUUGAACACCUAGGUCAUCAUCUGAAGAAUAACGAGACUGUAAAGUGUGUCUUCACAGGGUGUAAUCACCAAACCAAUAUUUAUGGGACUUUUGCAACACACAAACACAGAAAACAUACUCCACAUUCCUUAAAGGAUUUCAAACCUGGCAUUAUCUGUCAAGGGCAAUUGCCACACACAGAAGAAGCGCUAGUAUUUGAAACGUAUAGUGGGGUUGGUGAUCACGGUGAAGGAAAUUGUGAAGUGAGUAGGGCUAAUACACAGUCUGAAGAGGAAGAUAGAAGCCUUCUGGUUAUUGAUUAUAUAGCAUCCCUCUUGUUGAAAUUAGAAAGUGUUCAUCUCGUUUCAGUUCGGUGCAUUGAUGAACUGGUAGAUGAUCUUUACUUUAUUUCAAGUUCUGCUACAAAAUCAUCAGUUAGAGAUAUUGUUGUUUCACAUCUAACAAAAACAAAUCAAACCAUAGAUGAGACAUUUGUUUCAUCUCUUGUUGAAGAACUGUGCAAAUCAAAUCCUCUAAGCUUAGCACUCAAUAGUGGUGGUCCUCUGUCUUCAUCGUUCAGGAGACGAGAUUAUUUUAAAAAAAACUUUGAAGUAGUUGAGCCUAUUGAGUGCAUCCUUGAACCAAAAGAGAAGAGUUGUUUUCAGUAUGUCCCAAUUCUUCAGUCCUUGACUCAGUUAUUGGCCAAACAAAAUAUAAGAGAAAAGAUUCUAAGCAAAGAACGUGAGUUACCAUCAACUUUAUACAAAUCAUAUCGUGAUGCUACUAUCUAUAAAGAUAAUUCGUUCUAUUCAGAAGAACUACGAAUUUCUCUUCUACUGUAUAUAGAUGAUUUUGAGAUUUGUAAUCCACUUGGAACAUCAAGAAAAAAGCACAAGAUAACAGCUGUAUACUGGACAUUUAACAACAACCCUCUCUCAUCUCGAUCCACUCUGAACUCUGUGUACUUGGUCCUUUUAUGUAAAGCCGUAGACAUAAAAAAAUAUGGCUAUGAUCAAGUACUUGCCCCUUUGUUGAAAGACAUUGCUAUCUUAGAACAGGAUGGGAUCUACAUUUCGACGUUGGGACAAAAUGUAAAAGGAAGUGUGCUUUGUGUAGCAGCAGACAAUCUGGGAGCACACUCAAUCAGUGGACUUGUUGAAAAUUUUUCUGGACCAUUUGUUUGCAGAUUUUGUCUUGGUCAGCGAUCAGACUUUCAGAUAAAGGAGGUGCGGUCAGGUGCAUUUCCUCUUCGCACCAAAGAGGAACAUGCGUCGCAUGUAUUGACCAUUAAAGCAAAUCCUGCUUGGACACAUUUUUAUGGUGUAAAAAAGUCUUGCCCAUUGACUGAAAAUCUGAAGUACUUCCAUUGUGUCACUGGCUACCCACCUGACAUACUGCAUGACAUUUUUGAAGGCAUUGUUCCUUUGGAACUGGGUCUGUGCUUCAGUGUUUUCCUUUCUAAGAAAUAUUUCUCAUUUAUUGAGCUUAACAGUGCUAUCUUGCAGUUUCCCUAUAAAUGGGCUGAUAAAACUGAUUGUCCACAGGCAUUACCUGCAAACCUUUCCUCAAAAAAAAAGCUAGGAGGAAAUGCUCAUGAAAAUUGGACCCUCAUACGACUCUUGCCAUUUAUCAUUGGGCACAGAAUUCCUUUGAAUGAUCCAAACUGGCUUUUGCUUAUGUCUUUAAAAGACAUUGUUGAACUUGUCGUUGCUCCAGUCCACAAUGAAGAAAGCAUUGCCUACCUUGACUACAAGAUUUCUGAACACAGAUACAGAUUCAAGGAAGCAUUUCCUGAUGAAGAUUUCAUCCCAAAGCAUCACUUUCUGGAGCAUUAUCCAGGAUUGAUCAAGGCUUUUGGACCUUUGAUAGCUUUUUGGACAAUGAGGUUUGAAGCGAAACAUAGCCAGUUUAAACGAAUAGUAAGGCAUACUGGCAACUUCAAGAAUGUCCUUUUAUCCAUGGCUACAAAGCACCAACUUAUGAUGAGCCAUUACCUGCAUUCUACAACAAUUGAGCCUGCACUUGGUGUUGUUAGAGUAAAGUCAGUGCCAUUGGAUGUCCUGCAUUUAGAUAUUCAGGCAUCAAUCAAGCAUCUUUAUCCUUCACAUGAUCAAGUACAGCUGGCUGACACAGUCACAUAUCAGGGAACAAGAUACACUCAAGGCAUGAUUGUGGCCUAUGGUUCUACUGCAGGUCUUCCUGAUUUUGCAGAAAUUAUUCAAAUAACUAUUUUUGCAGAAAGAGUGCAUUUUAUUUUGAGGACACUGGUGUCUUGGUUUGAUGAACAUUAUCGUGGAUAUUACUUGGAGAGGACAGAUCACACAAUUCUCAUUGAACAACAAAGCCUUAGUGAUAUAUGUCCUCUUUCAGCUUAUGUUGUUGAAGGAAAGCGCAUGGUGACUUUAAAGCGCCACAUCUGUCUCAGGUGUUGAGAAUCAUUGUAUCUUUUCUCUGUCUUCAGUUUUUCAAGACAUGGAGCAAACUGUAAGAUUCCGCAUCCUAAUUGAUGAUCAAAUAAAAAAAGUUACACUCAGCAGUGGGGUACCCUCAACUGUGGCUGAGUUGGUUGCAGCAGUCAAGGAAAAUCUGUCCAUCCCCACAGAUAUAAGUCUUCAGUACAAAGAUGAAGAUUUUGGUGACUUCUUCACCGUAACAUCUACAAAUGAACUGAAAGAUAAAGACACACUUAAAGUUGUAUAUGCACCUAUAUGCUUAGAUUUGACAGUUGCUGACCAAGAAAGCAACUGUGAUGUAUCUGUGAUGUCCUCCUUUGACAGUGACAGUGCUAGUGGCUCACUGGAUUCCCAAGAUACUGUCAUUUUGAGUCAGUCCACCUUUGAAAGGCAGAACCCCUGGCCUGCUGUGUUUCCCAUUCCAACUUUUUCACACAACACUGAGCUUGCUUUGAAACAAGGCAAUGAGACAUAUUUAAAAGAGGGCACCCCGAUGACAUCACCUGGUUUCAGAUCUGACAUCCUUGAGCGUCUGGCAGAAGCAAUGUUUUCUUAUACUGCUUACCCUGAUGAUGCCCAAAGAAGUGCUGUAGCACAGGCACUAGUUGAGAAGCAUCCCUGCUUGAAGGAACCAGGGUCUUUUAAUGGAAUUUAUGGAUGGCAGCAAAGCCUGAAAUACAAAUGUGGAAACUACCGCACAAAACGUAGAGCACUGGGAAGUCCUGAACUCUUGAUCAACUCAUUGUCACAAAAGCCUGGUGAUGAGCAAGAAGUUGCUAAAAACAUCAAGAAAGCAAAGAGGGCAGAACUUAAUUACCUUCCUCCACAUCCACCUGGUGAAACAGACGACACUCUUGAGAAUAUGAGGCUUGAAAUAAUAACUGCCAGCAAGAGAAAAGACUGUGGCAAAGACAUAAACUACCUGAUGACCAGGACAUACAGCUUGAGAAGAAAAGAAGUGGUUUCUCAGUCCCCAAGGGUGACAAACUUUAUGGAAAGAUGGCCCGCUCUCUUCGAUACAUUUCAGAUAAAUGCAGAGUUCCAAAGGUGCACUGCUGUUCCUCUACAGUCUACAUUCAUGUCUCAGCUGGAUAAAUGUACUCCAAAGCUCCUGGAUUUGUUCAGUGCCAAGGGAGGAGCAGUUGGUCAGCGCAUCAAGAACUUAUUGAUGGAACUGAUACAGGACACAAAUGUCUCCACUGUGCAGAAGAGAGACGUAACUCUGAGAUGCCUCAUUGAGUACAUGGGAGAGAGUGGACAGGAGCUCAUCUUGGACUACUAUGGAAGCCCAGAGACCAGCGUGCACGAGGACCUAAAACUGCGCAGCAUGAUGAUCUACAUUUGCCAUGAUCCAGAUGCUGUAGGAAUAAUCAUCGAGGGAGUGCCGGUGCUCACUAAUCUUGGCAGUCUAGCCAAAGCAUGCAGCAUGCUUCUCGGUCUGACAUACGCCCUGAACCUCCAAUAUCCUACCAAACUUGUCAAAACGUUUGAAGUUUUUCAGAGACUUUUUGUGGGUCUUGAUACACUCCGCCCAAAACCAAGCUCCAGGUACAUGACUCUGAAAAACAAACUUCUUACCUAGGCAGCCAACUUGAGUGUGGCCCCUACACUUCUGAACAGCAGGUCUGUUGUGUUCGUUCAAUAAUAAAAUGUGUUUUUCAAUGACAAAAGGCAAUUGUUCCAGAUAUUGCUCUGGGUUGUCAUGUGACAGUUUUUUUAAGCUGAGAUGGGUUCUGUUCAAAAGUAGUUUGGAUAACACUUGAAAAUUACUUGUUAAAUGACUUGUUCUUUAAAGUGAAAUGUCAAGUAUAUAAACAACAAAACACUACAAAUUUUGAGAGGUUCAGCUGUACUUCAUACAAAUAUGUUCAUGUAUUUUUCGAUUGAAAUGCUUCCAGAUUUUAGGUGGAAAAUGCUUCAUGUUGUCAUUGACAGUAUGAGUUUUGUGAGCAUAGGUCUCACACCGUUCCGGUGUUUACUGUGAUGUAAAUGUUUUACAGUAAUAUGUGUAUGGCUUGUAAAAAUCUUUACAAAAGUUGUAAGAUUUACAAUUUACAAAUCUUGUUAGUAUUUACUUCAGUGCCACUGUUUCAAUGAUUUUGGAAAAAUAAAUGUUGAAAGUGGACUAUU